GGCUGCGGCUGCUGCUGUCUGUGGGGGAGGACACUGACAGUGCUGCUUCAGGGGAGCUCCUGUCCACCGGCCUUAUCUGCUUCCUCCUUACUGGAGGCACCUCCUGGCCUUCCCAGUCCCCAGGAUGGGGGAGUUCAACGAUAAAAACGAGACCUGUGGCACCAUCUGCCUCAAGUACCUGCUCUUCACCUUCAACUGCUGCUUCUGGCUGGCUGGCCUGGCUGUCAUGGCAGUGGGCAUCUGGACACUGGCCCUCAAGAGUGACUACAUCAGCCUGCUGUCCUCGAACACCUACCUGGCCACGGCCUACAUCCUGGUGGUAGCUGGUGUGGUUGUCAUGGUGACGGGCGUCCUGGGCUGCUGCGCCACCGUCAAGGAGCGGCGGACCCUGCUGCGCCUGUACUUCAUCCUGCUCCUCAUCAUCUUCCUGCUGGAGAUCAUUGCUGGUGUCCUGGCCUACGUCUACUACCAGCAGCUGAACGCAGAGCUCAAGGAGAACCUGAAGCACACCAUGACGAAGCAGUACCGCCAGCCGGGCCGCCAGGGCGUGACCAGCGCCGUGGACAAGCUGCAGCAGGAGUUCCACUGCUGUGGCAGCAACAACUCGAAGGAUUGGCGGGACAGUGAGUGGAUCCACUCGGGUGAGGCGGGUGGCCGCGUGGUCCCUGACAGCUGCUGCAAGACGGUAGUUGACGGCUGCGGCCAGCGGGAUCAUGCCUCCAACAUCUACAAGGUGGAGGGUGGCUGCAUCACCAAGCUGGAGACCUUCAUUCAGGAGCACCUGCAGAUCAUCGGGGCCGUGGGCAUCGGUAUCGCCUGCGUGCAGGUGUUUGGCAUGAUCUUCACCUGCUCUCUGUACAAGAGCCUGAAGCUGGACCACUACUGAGCUGUCCCGCCCACGUGGACGGCGUUCCUGCCGGAGCUGAAGCUUCUGACUACUGAGCUGACACCAUUGACUACUGAUUGGGAGGGAGCUGGCCCGGAGUCCACUGCCCGUUCCCCCCCACCACCGCCCCCCACCAAAGUGGUCUCUGGUGACACCCCCUUCAUAGCUUUAAGUGCCUCUCACUGCGCACCAAAGCCCCAGGCCUGAGGAAGGGCCCCUGCCCAGCUCUACCUCCAGCCCCCUCACUGCCGUAGGCUGCCUCCUUUGCGCUCACGGGGCCUCUGGGAACUCCUGCUGGUUGUGUUCAGUCGGAGGGACCGGACUGUGGGUGAAUUUGGGCAGAAUAGGGCAGUGGCCAGGCUGGCCCGCCCUGGGGGGCUCCCCACCACUUAACACCCUGGCGAUGGUCGAGGCCCGUUGGGAGGGGUGUGGGGUGC